AUGAACACUGCUUCCCCUUGCACCAAAUCGAUUUACUAUUGUUUUCAGGAUCCGCAGGUGGCCAUUCCUACGGAAUGUGCUGAAGUCAACGUUUUGGAGCCAAUGAUAGUGGAAACCUCUGAUAACAUGACUAUGAAGACUCGAUCCGGCAACAUUUUGGCGUCUGCCAAGAAUCGCCCCUCAAAAUCCUUACCCAGUCUUCAUCCGGCGCCGCUGAGUCCAUCCAGUUCGGCGAUGGUCAGUGAUACAGACACACUAGCCUCACCACCAGUUGGACAAAGUCACAAUUCCAGCCCAAAUGUCGGUCAAUCGGAUCCACAGUCUCCCAGUAUGAGAUCUUCGUCUAAGAGAGCUCCGCAUAAAGCUACACAGCGACGAACGGAAUUAGCUGCACUAUCUACUACGUCUGGAGAUAUAGAUCAUGCUCUCAGCCCACUGGUUUCCGAAGGCGGCACGGCCGAGGAUGGUACUACGAGUUCUGCUCACUCGGUCGUCACACUAGCGCGUCGUUGGCGUCGAGGUCUCUUGUCCGCUUUGUCUACCUUGUGCAGCCACCGUCACGCCUACGUGUUCAUGCACCCAGUGACUGAGGAUAUCGCUCCAGGAUACAGUUCUGUUGUAUACGAGCCGGUUGAUUUGACCUCAUUACGAAAACGUUUGGAGGCGGCACUAGCCAGUAUAACAAGUGGUUCUACGGGGUCCAUAACUUCUGCUUCACCUAAACAGAUUCUCAUCGAUGCGGCCACCGGAUUUAUUCGCGAUCUGAUGCUCAUGUUUGUCAACGCACGUAUGUACAACAGCUCAAAUCAUGAAGUACACAAAAUGGCUGGCGAUAUGUUCAACGACAUCAUUGGUGAGCUAAAGCCACUUUGGUCCGUCCUAGAGGAAGAUAUUCCAGGAUUUCCAAGUCUUCCUUUGGCAACUAGACAAUCCGUUCCAGUUACUGUACGUAGUGUGACACGACCUCCGGCGACCGGUGUCACGCCCACUACGUCACCCACGUCGAUUCAACCUCCAAAAAACCCCGAAACCCCGGUUAGCAAGGCUCCAGCGCCUAGUACCCGCUCAGUUAAACGGCCUGCUUCCAAGCUUUCCCAACGCCUUCAGGCACUCACAUCGAUUGAUGUGACAAAGGAUGAACGAGACGGAAAGGUUCGUGAUGUGUGCCGCAAAGCAAUUUGGAGUCUGUCAUCUUGCAAACCGGGACAUGGGAUAGAGCAACUCAUGGAUGGAUCAACAGACACAUUUUGGCAAUCCGACGGUCCGCAACCACACUGCGUUACGAUUCAAUUUCCUCAGAAAACCACAUUAGUUCGCUUGUGCCUUUAUACCGACUACAAGGCUGAUGAAAGUUAUACACCUAGUAGGUGA